AUGACAUUCGACACUUUUGAAGAGACCACAGAUGUGGUCAUCUGUGGAUGUGGCCCUACUGGAGCUAUGCUUUCAGUCCUUCUGGGGCAAUUCGGGGUCCCGAAUGUGACGCUGGAACGAGAGCGCGAAAUCACUUCUGAUCCCCGAGGCAUCGCUCUCGACGAAGAAGGUGUUCGCUUCUUACAGGCGUGUGGUAUAUACGACAAGGUCUUUACAGACAUUGGUCAAUGCAAGCCUCCCAUGAUUUCAGGCAUGGGAAACUUCAGAUUCAUUUCCGGAGUCCACUACGACCUCUACAAACCCCCAUUUAUGGUCAUGAACUACAACACUACCGAAGGCGGCACUGGGCACCCAGGGUUCGUCUGCCACAAGCAGCCCGCAAUCGAGAAACAUCUUAGAUCACAGAUUGAAAACCUGAAGAGCUCGGAUCUUCGGGUAGGCUGCAAUGUUACCUCCAUCCACGAAGAUCGCAGCUGGGUGUACGUAUCGUACGUGGAUGCAAAUGGUAUAGAGAAGCAGAUCCGCAGCAAAUUCCUUGUGGGCGCAGAUGGCAAGACUGGUUUUACAAGAAAGAACUACCUUGAGCCCCGUGGCGUGCAGCUCCUGCAGGUUUCUCAAAUGUCCUAUGAGGAGACUUGGGUCGCUUUGAACUGGGAAGUUGCGCUCCCAACUCCGGAGGCCCAUCCUGCGUUCCCGCUCUGGUCCAAAGGCUACACACCUCAACAAGUAUACGAUUCCUUCUUUCCGGUCGAGUUCAGGUUUCUGUGCAAUCCCGAGCGCGCAGCUAUUUGCAGCCGCUUUGGCCUGCCCCGGGACAGACUCUGGCGGUUCGAAUACGUGGUGCUUCCAGGAGAGGAUGGACAUGCGAUGUCCAGCCCCGAAAAGAUGCGCGAGAUUGUCUAUCCCUAUAUCACUCAUCGGGGAAGCAAGUACGGACUCGAUACGGAGGACAUCACCUACCCGGAAGACUGCAUCAAGGUGUUGCGCUGCCGGCCGUUCAAAUUCUCAGCCAGGAGCUGCAACGUAUGGGCAAAGGACCGGGUUGCACUCUGCGGGGAUGCGGCUCAUGUGUUCCCUCCCUUUGGCGGCCAGGGAAUCGCGUCAGGCUUUCGGGAUGCCAUAUCCCUUGCUUGGCGCCUGGCGCUGAUAACCCACAAUCCGGCUCUAGCAGCUGACUCGUCGAGAUUCGGCAAGAUUCUUGAGGGCUGGUACAUGGAGAGGAAGCAGCAGUUCGACAAGUCUCUUGCGUCGACAAUUGAGAAUGGCAACUAUGUUACGGAAACCAAUGCGGCCAAAAUCUUCUUUCGAGAAUGGUACCUUUGGGCCAUUCAAUUGGUACCAAGUUGGAAACAUCACCUCGAGCUAGGGAAUCGACGCGAAGGCAUGGCGAGAUACGAAUGGCUUCCUGGAACAGGUAUGGCCUUUCUUCCAGAUUUGGGUGGAGGGAGAACAUUCCCCCAAGUGUAUUGUGUAGCCGUACAACAGACGCCUGAGACAAAAGCGGUCAAGUUCACAGAUGAUGUGAUAUUCGCGCCGCACAAGACGGGCUUAUUCCAAAUUGUUUCAAUCUUGGAAUCUAUUCGAGAUCUGGCCAAGGCAAGAGAAAGCGUGCGGGGCGUAAACAAGAUCUCGAAGGGGCUAGUCAGGGAGGAAGAAACAACAUUCAUUCUCAAUGUCGCAAAUGCCGACUUGCAACCGAACAAUAUUGGCACCGAAUUAGUCUACCGUCUUGCAACUGGUGAAGAGUUCGUUGAACAGAAGACACUUUGCGAGGGCCGCCCACAACCACAGUACUACGACCCAUAUCGGUUGGCAAGAGAGGUUGGCGGCAAGGCUUUGGUGGUAUUGAGACCAGAUCGGGUAGUGUUCGCCUUGUGUGACGACGGGGACCAGCUCCGGUCUGCUGUCAAUGCCAUCCAUGCAUUCUAG